AUGUUUUUGACUUCUCAAAAGAAAGGAUCAACAUUUAUUGAAUAAUUUAUAACAAUGAUGAUCAUAUUAAAGAAAUAACAUUAGUUAACAAAAUUAGCAUCUGCAAUCAUAAUAGUGAUACCUUACAUUUAACUUAUAAUUUUAACAUUAGAUUUGAGAUUAAAUGAAAAUAUAAAGAAAGAAUCAAUUCACUUUUAAAUUGUAAGAAAUUUAAUAAGGCCAGAUAUAUGGUUAAUUGAGAAAGGAAAUGAAUAUCAAUCCCUACUGUUUAUAAUUGUGCUUAUAGUAAUUUUGUUUUAAAAAGCAAAGCUAAUAAUCAUAGUUAUAUUAUAUCAUUAUUUUCUGAAAAAAGACAACCUGCUAGCACAUUUACAAAAUAAUUUUUAUUUUAAGAUUCCUAUAGCUAUUUUAAGCCUUUAUUAAUAGAUUAUAUCUUUAAUACUCUAUUAAUGGUCUAUAUUAAUAUGUGUAUGCAGUAUUAGAACCCUUCUCAUUUAGAUAAAUAGUGAUAAAUAAUUUUUAAACCUAUUUCUAAUAUUUUUAGUUUUAAUAACUUUAAUAUUAGUAGUUCUAGACAAUUUAUUGCAUAUUAAAGUAAUAGAGAAACCUCUUACAUUGAAAAUUUCGGGAUUGGAAAGAAAAAAUAUAAGCAGUUUGAGAUAUGUAUCUUUAAUAAUAGAAUUCAUAGUUCAAUUUCUUUAUAUCUUUUAAAAAGGUUCACUUUUAACAAUGCAUCUUUUAAUUGGAUUAUCUUUAUUAAAAUGCAUUUUAGAUCUUUAUGAUCAAUUUAUAAAUUAUGUUUUUGUCAAUCAAAAAUUAAUUUAAGUGUUUUUUUGUGGAAUAUCAUUUUCUAUUAUAGUAAAUAGUUUAUUAGAGUUAGUUGAAUUAUAAGAUAAAUAUGGGUCUAGAAUGAUUUUUUAGACACUUGUUUUAACUCCUAUUUUAUUUUAAAUUCUAUUGAAAUUACAUUAAAUAGACUAAAAAUAAAAUUUGGCUACAUUAUUUAAUGAAUAGAUUACAUCUCCAAAAAGAUUUAUAUAUCAUAUAAUAAGCAUUUUAAAUGAACAUAACUUUGAAUUUUGUAUUGUUUAAAGAUCUUUAAUAUAACAAUUACAUUAUAAAAAAUGUGAAAAUUUAAAUUGCUCUAUUUGUGGACAUUAAUAUAUCUUAGAUACUAAAUCAGCAUAAGGAAUAACAAUAGGAAUAUUUAAGGAAUUUAUAUAAUCAAGAUUAAUGCUUCUAUUAAAAGAUUCAUUAAAAUUAAAUUUUACUGAUUAAAGAAGUUGCAAAUAAUCAAAGAGAAGAUUUCUUACUUAUGUUUUUCUUUUAUAUGAUUUUGGAUGGACAAUGUAAUCAUUAUAGUAUUUACAUUAAUUAAAAAAUUCAUAAUAAAUAUAAUCAUCUUAAAUGAAAGGAGUUAAAAAUCAUGUUGGGACUUUACCUUAAAGUAAUUCAUAUUCAGAUAAAACUAGUCACUUUAUAACUGGAGAUAAUUAAACUAAUUUAUCUUAGCCUUAGAAUAUUGAUGCAAAUAUGUAAUUUUAAAUUAAUGUUUUAUUAAAUUAAAUUAAGUUUAAUACUCUUGAAUCAAUUACUAUAUCAGUAAUUUUAGAAGAAGCAAGAAGAACAAUACAGAGAAAUUUUGGAACAGAUGAUUAUGUUUAAUAAUAAUCCAUCACUUCUGAUUUUGUGACCUAAUAUUUAUUAAAUGAAGUUUAAGUUUAAUAAUCAAUAAAUAUCAUAAUUAAUUUAGCUAAAUAAAAAAUUAAAUAUUAUGAAGAAAUGAUGAAAAUUAAAUCAAAUGAUGAAUAAGUUAGUUUUUGGGAUAAUAAUCAAAGUUAUAUAGGUUUAAUUGAUAAAUGUAAAUAAUUGAAUGAUGCAGAAUAUAAGAUUACUUAAAUGUAUAAUGUUCAUCCAAGUUUUAUUAUGCAUCAAGCUUUAAAUAUAUUUUAUUGUUAUAUUUAAAAUGAUUAUGAUAAAGCAAUGCAAUUUUCAAGGAAUCAAAAAUUUAUAGAUGAAAGAUAAUUAAAAUUUUUAAAAAUUAAAAACUUUAAUGUAAAUUCUUAAGAAAUUUAUUAUUUAAUUAUGACAUUACAAGAUGAUAUGCAACACUUUAAUAUAUAAACUCAUUCAACAAAACUAUUUGAUACAUUUGGAACAUUUAAAAAUAAAGGAGAGACUAAUCAAUUUGAAGAUUUAAUUCCUUUAAUAGUAAUUAAUUAUCAUCAUCAUUUUGUUGGACAAUUCUUAGAAACUGGAUUAUGUAAAUUCUUUAAGAUUUUUGAUAUUAAUUUCAUAGUUUCUAAAGAUUAAUUUAUUUAAGCAGUUAAUUUAAAUGUUGAUGUAACAGAAUUAUUUUUGAAAUCUAAUUUAACAUUUUCAGCUUUUUUUUAACCUAAUACAGAAGAUUUAAUGUUUAUUUUAGUUGAUGGUAUAAAACAUUAAUGUCUAUUUACAAAAAGUAUUUUAAUUUAAAUUGGUUGGUCUUCUGAAUAAAUAGAUUGGUUUAAAACUAAUUAUGAUAUUAAUAAAAUUACUAUAGAAAAUAUUAUGCCAGAUUUUUUAGAUAUUCUUGAAUCUCUUAUAAAAUUAACAGAAACCUCUCUUAGCUAAAUUGAAUUAAUCUUUCCAAAACCUCCAAAUAAAUUACCAUCAAAAUAAUUUGAAUUCUAAAGUCUUAAAAGUAUUAGAAAUGGAUAUUUUAGAUCUAAUACUAUCUAAAAUUUAAAAUACUUUUGUGAUCUCACUAUUAGAAAAAGAUAAAUUACAAAUUAUACUUAUUAUGUUAUGUAAAUAUCUUAUAUUCAAAAAUAAUAAAAUCCUGAUAAUUCAAUUGAAAAUGUUUCUCAUAGAUUAAAAUCAAAUGUUAUUGAUGAAUGUGAUUUUGACAGUGAAAUAGGUGAAUUAGAAUUAAAAAAUUAAAAUUAGAUUUUUGAACAAUUUUAAAAAUAAGUCAUACAUUCUUCUAGGAAAAUAUAAAAAAAUUUGAAUUUAUUUUCCAAUUAUUUAAAUGAUUAAAUUUAAGAAGAUCUUUUUAGUCCAGGUAGAAUUUGUAUUACUAAUCAUAAUAAUUAAGAUUAAAAUGAAGGUAAUGAAUUUAAAGAAUUGUUAAAUUCAAAUAAAAAUAAUUAAUAAUAAUAUUUUUGUCAUGAAGAUUAAAUGAAAGAUUGUUCAUCUUAUGAACUAAUAAUUUCUUAGUAUACAAAAAAAUAAGUAAAAUAAUAAAAAACAAAGACUUGGAAUGAUAUAUCAAAAGAAACUCUAUGGAAAAAAUAUGAUGUAAUUCAUAGAAUAAUGUAAGAGUCAAAGCCUAAAUACUUAGUAUAAUUCUUGAUCUAUACCUUAAUACUUUUAUUAUGCUUUUUAGUGAUACCUAUUUUUAUAAUGAAGGAAUUGAAUAGUGAUUUAAAUCUUUUAAUUGAAUAAAUUGAAAUGUUGUAAUUACAUGCAAAUAUUAUGGGUCCUCAUGAUCUCUUUUUUUCUAUGAGAAUCACUGUUACAUCUUAUUAAAUAUAAUAUAGAGAGGGAUUCAUUAAUGCUAAAGAACUUUAAGUUCUCACAGCACCUUUCUUAGAAUACAUGCCUUUAGGUUAUUAAGAAUUAUAGGAAAACUUUUAUACAUAAUUAAAUAAUCCUUAUUUAGCUUAAUUUUUAAAUGAUGUUAACAUUCCAGUUUGGUUUAUGGGGGAAAAUUCUUCUGUAAUUUACACUCAAAAUGUUACAUUCAGAGAUAAUCUAUUUAUUAUGCUUUAAUAUUAACAAUAAUAAAUGUCUGCAUACAAAUAUAAUAGGGCCAUUGCUGGUCAACCAUUUUAAGUUUUUUUAAUUGCUAAUUAUUUAGUUAUGUAAAACACUUGUGAAAAUUUAACAAGUGAGAUAAAAACAUAUUCUUAAUUGUAAUGUGAUUAAAUUUAUUUAAAAUGGUCUAUUCUAUUGACUUGCUUUGUUUUAGUUUUUAUUCUAUUUUUAUUAAUAGUAUUUUAUUACCAAAAAUAAUAUUUUGCUUCAUAUGAUCUAAUUAUAGGAUUAUUAAGACACAAUACAGAUGAAAUUAUAUCAAAUGAAAUAUCAAGGUAGAAUGCAUUACUUAAUAUUAUAUCAGAAAAUAUGUUAGAAAAGUUUUAAUUGGAAAAAGAAUACUUUUUAAUAAUAUAAAUAUAAAAUUAAAAUGAUAAUGCAAAAUAGAAUUAAUUAAUGUAUCAUAAAUACUCUUAAAAAUAUCCAUAAUAUAAAUACAACAUAGCAAACAUCACUAUAUUAAUUUUAAUCAUCAUAUAUGGAAUAAUAAUAUUUAUAUAAGCCUAAUAGUAUUUAACUAAAUAUAAUGUUACAACUGAUUUUUUUAAAUUGAUUUAAGAUUUAAAAUUUCGUGGAGGGAAUGGAUUUCUUUAUAGAGAAAUGUUUUUUCGUUUUUCAACUUACCCAUUUCUAACAAAAACAGACUCAGAUAAUCUAUACAUUUUAUUAAAGAGAUCAUAAGAUGUUUUAUAAGAUUUUAAUUCUAUAAUUGAAACAAUUCAUUAUGAUGACUAUUUACUUACAGAAAGUUUUGUAGAUUUAUUAGAAUUUGUAUAAGUAAAUGAGAUGUGUUCUUAAGUAAAUGAGGUAUUGAUAUAAAAUUAAUUUAGAGCUUUAAACCAUUGAUGGAUUAAUAUUGUGUAUUAUCUUUUGAAGGAAUUCUUUCAAAAGGAAUAGCUCCAGCUCUUACUUAUCUUUAUAAUUAAAUAUAAACUUAAUAAUAGAUGAACAAUUUUACAAAAAGAGUAGAGACACAUAAAUAUGAAUUAGAGGGUGCUUAGAUAAUAACAAGAGCCUUUUUUGCUUUAUCAGAUAAUUUUAAGAGUAGUUUUAAAGAUAUUACAUUUGAGACGAUUAAAAAUUUGAAUGUAAAUUAAAAAACUAUAAUUUAGAAUGUUUCAAUUAGUUAUUUAGUAUUUUGUGGAAUAACAAUGUUAAUAUUAAUUUUAUUUUACCCAAAAUAUUUGCUUAAUUAAUAUCAAUUAUUGAAAAGAAUUGUGUACUUUAUACCACUUCAAAUUUUCUUGAGAGAUGGGUAUUUGGAAAGAAAUUUAAAAGAAAUAUUAAUAAAAUAAAUGUGA